ACCAAUCCCCAGCUCAUCAUCUCCCUCACGACACUGCCACGUAGUAUCCCCUGCUCCUGACUCUGCUGCGCGUUGAACCUCCGUUAAAAUGUCUUCGGCCGCAGUUUUCACUAAUGUGUGUUGCUCCCUAAAUCCCCCGGGGUCGCCGGGCUCGGCAUCUAUGUCAUUCGGUCAGAGACGCCUGAAGCAUUUACAUUAUUUCAGUGCUUGUAGCAGAGCUUUUUCAGGGAAUGCUAAAAAUCUAUCGGCUUUUCAGCUGGUUAGACGGGCUGUCUUCAGUGCUCCAGCCAUAUAGACAACAACAACUUGACAUAGUUUACUGUUGGUUCCCAUACAAAGGCAAUGGUUGCCAUCUUGUUUUCAAGAUUUUUGUUCUCCAUGUCUAGGGGCAAUGACCAUCAGAGAAAAGAGAGUUUUUCUCUAAAAUGCUCUAGGAUUAGAAGCUUUCAAGAUGAGGGUGGUGAAAUGUAUGAAGCCCCAAAGCAUAAAGAUAUCACAGAUGAACAGGUUGUUGAUGAGAUACUUAGAGAUGCAGACAGUGAAAAUACUGACAUGGGAGAAUUGUUUCUGCUAAAAUUGGCAGUUAUCUUGGCUGUAGCCGUAAUUCUCACUGUCCUAUCAUUUGGAGAAAAUGGUGCUAGUCUUGGAUCAUUAGUUGGAGUUCAAUGCCUGAGUGAGGUUUCUUCUUCUUCCUCUUUGGUUGUGGCUUCUCCUAUUGGUUUCACUUUCAAUGCUUUUGGAUAUAGAUUUAUACUUCCGGAAUAUGCACCAGGAUGGUUGUACUUUUGGUUGCUUAUGGCUGCUGGGUGCGGACUUUUUAUCAGUGAAGAGGCUCUAAAUAUUUGGGUUGGCAUAUCUCUAGCACGGAUGUUGUCACUGGGUGGUACAUGGCACUUGCUUGUUGAAUCUCUAUUGAGAAAUGCCCCACACAUAUUAUCCACUGUUCUUUGGGUAUAUUGGGGAGUUUGCAUCAGUGAUAUGAUACCAUUUUACCUUGGGAAGUGGUUCAGACAAAGUGGAGGAUCUGAUGAUGUUUGUUCGAAGUUGGGAAUUGGUAAAGAGAAGGCACUAAGUAUUACUCGCGCUGUUAAAAAAUAUGGCAACCUCAUAGGCUUUGUUGAGCGAUUUUCUUUGGGAGUGAGAAACCCAACAGCUUUCUUAGCAGGGGCCAUGGGUAUAUCUCCUGAAUAUUUCUUUGCUGGAGUUUGUUGUGGGGGCUUGAUCACUCUUCCAAUUCAGCUGGGGAUUGGAUUUCUGUUAAGAGAACGUCCUGUCUUUGCUCUCACUACUGUUGCUACAGCAGUGGGAAUCUGGACUGUGUUUCCUUAUCUUGUGGCCGCUUCAACAGCAUUGUUCCUUUUCCUGCGACGUCGCUACUCAAGCUAGCCCUGCUGAACUUUUCAAGCGAAUAAGCUGAGGAACAGAGGAUAAAAAUUCAGACAGGAAGUAGUAAGGUAUAUAACCGGUUUGUGGUUGGAUGGUUGUUGCAACCUUUAGUUGAAUAACCAUCUCCAAUCUCAUUUCUUAAUAAGAAAUUUAGCUUUCUAUGCUGUAGAUGGAGUAAGUUGUUUAAAAAAAUUGGUAACUUUAGGCAUAUUAGAUUUUGUGCAUUUGUGUGUAAUGCAUAACAUAGCUUCAGGACUAAAAAAUGCCUCUAUGGGAAUCGAACUCACGCCACAGGGUUAAAGCCAUGCACUGUACCGGCUAAGAACCGUGCACUCUACUAGCUGAGCUAAGAUGACUAGAUGAAAUUAUUGUUUCUCUUUAGAGUAAUAGUAGUUAAUCAUUUGUAGGCUAAAAGACCAAAUCAGUGCCCUAACUUUUC